AUGCUAAAUCAUAACCAUCAUGCCCACAGGAUCGAGCCUUCGAUUCGAUUGCGACGCGCAAUCCACGCGGGCGACGCCCUGCUCGUGAAGCGCAUCCUCAAAUCCCACCCUUCGCUCCUCCACAACCCCGACACCUCUCCGGUUGGCCUCUCCAACUCCAACAUGCACCUCGCCGCCUCGCUCGGCCACAAGGAAGUCUGCAAGGUGCUCCUCGAAGCCGGACACGAAGAUCCAUGCCCCGCCCUAAAUGAGAACCACCAGACGGCCCUCAUGCUUGCCUCUGGUGCUGGCCACACAGAAGUUGUCCACUUGCUGUGCGAGAACAACAUGGAUUGUAUCCUACGAAGGGACGUUCGCGGCCGAGAUGCCGUCAUGGAGGCCAGCGUGGGCGGCCACGACACCAUACUACAGCUGCUGCUGACAUAUGUCCCUGGAGGACCCUACGAAGCAGUGCAGAGAGCCGAUGCAGAGGGAAACACGGCUCUCCACUAUGCAAGCGGCAAUGGCAAUUUGCUGGGCUUGCGAACUCUGCUCGCGGCCGGUGCGGAUGUUGAGAGGCGCAACAUUUGGAACUGGACACCGGCUGCGUAUAGUGCUACUGUGCAGGCCGAAGUGUACCUCAAGGGCUUGGUCUCUGAGGUUGGAAAGCUUCAGCAACAGCAGCAGAAGCGCAAGAAGGAGGUUGAGGUAGCGACCAAGAAGAUGGCUGUGGGAACGGUGAGGAUAGUAAGACAGGAUAGCAUUGACGGCGAACAACUUUAUGACAUUUGA